CUUUGCGAGACCAUGGUAGCGAGGCCAUGUCGUCGACAACAGUACCUCUGUGGCUUACGACAGGAGGGCCUCGCUGCCGCCGCCGCCGCCGCCGCCUCCAACCCUUCUCCUUCACCUUCACCUCCGCCAUUACCGCCACGUCAGUGAUGACGCCGUCGGCCCCCAGCCCUUCGCCGGAGCCGCCCAGCCCAGCACCGCCAUCUCCUGCACCGCUCCCGCCUGGCGUGCCGCCUCCUUCGCCGGAGCCGCCCAGCCCCGCACCACCAUCUCCUGCACCGCUCCCGCCUGGCGUGCCGCCACCUUCGCCGGAGCCGCCCAGCCCCGCACCACCAUCUCCUGCACCGCUCCCGCCUGGCGUGCCGCCACCUUCGCCGGAGCCGCCCAGCCCCGCACCGCCAUCUCCUGCACCGCUCCCGCCUGGCGUGCCCCUUCCUCACCAGGAGGCAGGUAGGGCAGUGGCGGGGGCUGUGGAGCGGCUGCUGCUGCAUGAUGACGUGGAAUACGUCGCAGCGGCGGUGACGAUCACGGCGCGUCCCUCAGACACCGACCACCCAACACCAUAAUCCCACCGCCGAGUUACCAACCGCCCGGCGGCGGGGAAGUCGUGAGGGCGCCGCCUCUCCUCCCUCCAUCUCCUCCCUCAGCCACCCGUGAC